ACAGUGACUUUUUCACUUUGGAGUUCGUUCAUGGAGGAUUUUUCCAUGGCAGUGGAAGAAAUAGAGCCUAUCUGAAUGGGAAAAAGACUUGUUAUGAUUUUUGUGAAACUGGGUGUGUAUGCAUGAAGAUGUUUGAAGAUUUGGUAGAGCAUAUUGGGUAUGAGACGGCUGGUAGGGUUUCCAUGUACUGGUUGCUACCUGGCUCUCAAUUGAAUGAAGAUGGUGCAAGGCUAUUAUCGAAGGAAGAAGAAGUUUGUAUUGACAUUGUGAGAAUGGUAAAAGGAGGGCACCGAUACUUGAUGAUUUUUCUGGAUCAUGGAAACAGCUACAAUGGUGGACGAGGAUCAGCGUGGGAUGCCGUGGUUGGCACUCCACUGACAUUUUUACCUCCUGUUAUCAGUCCUAAGAAGAAAAUCAUGGGUGAUGUCAGUAGUGAAGAGCAGAGCACAGUGGAUGGCAGUUAUGUUGACGUCAACACUAUAUGUGAGGCCAAUGAAUUUGCAAGCAAUGAGGAAGUUGUUAGGUUGAGGCCAAGAGCAAAGCAAGGUGAUGUCAAUGAAGAAGGAUGUGACGGUGAUGAUGAUAGUGAAGAUAGUGAUUAUGUUCCCGAGAUUGUGGACAGUGAUUACGAUUUGGAGGAUGGUGAUGAGGACUUGGUGCAGGAGCAACUACAUUCUGUUAGUGAUAGGAAAGGGAAGCAAGUGGUUGAGGAUUGUAACUCUGAAGAUGAGAAAUUAGAAGCCCCGGAGUCAGACGAGGAUGAGAUGAAGUUCAAUUUCAAAUCUUUUACGGCAGAAGAUAUGCAUGAUCCAAAGUUCCAUGUGGGUCAGCUAUUCUCAUCAGUUGAUUUGCUAAGAAGAGCAAUCAGGGAGUAUAGUGUGAAAGAGAGAGUGAGCAUCACAUUUCCCAAGAAUGAUAAAAGUAGGAUUGGAGCUAAGUGUGAGGAUGGAUGUCCAUGGUAUCUUUAUGCCUCAUUGGACAAAAGGACAAAUUCAGUUAUGGUGAAAACCUUCAACAGUGUGCAUCACUGUAGCAAGAAGUGGCAAGUGAGGGCAUUUACUGCCAAGUACAUUGCUAACAAGUAUGUGGAGAAAAUAAGAGCUAAUGAGAGGAUGACCCUCAAGGGAUUGGCAGCACUUGUGCAGGAAGAUUCCAACAUGACAAUUAAAAGAGGGAAGCUAGGGAGGGCCAGAGGACUAGCUUUCAAUAUUAUAUAUGGAGAUGAAAUAGCACAAUACAACAAGUUGUGGGACUAUGCAAAUGAGCUGAGGAGAUCCAAUCCAGGAAGUACAUUUUAUUUAGACCUUGUUGAAGAUGGCCAGUUUGAGAAAUGCUACUUUUCCUUUGAUGCUUGUAAGAGGGGUUUCCUAUCAGCUUGUAGGCCUGUUCUUUUCCUCGAUGGUUGUCAUUUGAAGACACAAUAUGGAGGCAUCCUACUUAGUGCAAUAGGAAUGGAUCCCAACGAUUGCAUAAUUCCUAUUGCACAUGCAGUGGUUCAGAGAGAAGAUACAAAGGCUUGGAGGUGGUUCUUGACAACUUUAAAGAAAGAUCUUGGUAUUGUGAACAAUGAUCUUUGGACUAUCAUGUCCGACAAGCAAAAAGGUCUAAUAAAGGCAGUGAAAGAACUGUUUAGUGGUUCCCCACAUAGAUUUUGUGUCAGGCAUCUUUGGCAGAAUUUCAACAAAAAUUUUAAAGGUGAGGCCCUCAAAAACCAACUCUGGAAAUGUGCUAGAAGUAGUACCGAAGGGAAAUUUAGACAUAACAUGAAUGAGAUGUUAGUUCUAAACAAAGAGGCACAUGAUUGGCUAGAGGAGUUGGACCCUCCAACAUGGGUUAGGGCAUUUCAAAAUGAAUUCCCAAAGUGUGAUGUCUUGUUGAACAAUAACUGUGAGGUGUUCAACAAGUAUAUAUUGGAUGCAAGAGAAAUGCCUAUAAUCAGCAUGUGCCAGAGGAUUAAAGGACAACUAAUGGGAAGAAAUCAUAGCAAGCUGCAAGAGGCCUUGAAGUGGCCUGGUACUAUAUGUCCAAAGAUAAGGAAAAAAUUGGACAAGAAUGUGGAAUUUGCUAGAACUUGCUAUGCUUCACCAGCUGGAUUGGGAAUCUUUAACGUCAAUGAUAGAGGUGUAGACUACGGGGUCGAUUACCAGUUGAGGAAGUGCAGCUGUAGGAGAUGGGAUUUGUCUGGCAUUCCAUGCAGCCAUGGAGUAGCUGCUCUUAGAUAUGACAAAAUCAAUCCAGAGGAUUAUGUUAACUCAUGUUAUUCUAUUGCAACAUAUCGCAAGGCAUAUGAAAACAUUAUUAUGCCAUGUCGAGAUAUUAGUGAGUGGAGCAAAAUGAAUGGCAGAACUAUCGCACCACCACCAUUGGUAAAGCAGAAAGGAAGGAGGAGGAAGAACAGGAGAAAACAGCCAGAAGAGAAACAAGGGAAAAAAGGAGUAAAAAUUACAAGGGCAGGGGCAAUAAUCCAUUGCAGCUAUUGUGGAGUUGCUGGCCAUAACAUUGGUGGUUGUAUGGACUUCAAAUUAGGGUUAAAACCAAAGAAAAAAUCUGAAAGGGUCAGAGUGAGGGCAGAGCCUGAUGUUUCCUCCUCCUCGGAUGAGGAAGAAGCAGUUGUCACUCAGGAACAGAAUCAGCGGACAGAAGGUUUAAUUCAAGAGCCAGUACAUUUGUAUCAGCCUGAGAUAAUUAAUAUUUUAACACAGGAGAGAGAAGCAAGCCAGAGGGAAGCAAGCCAGAGGGAAGCAGUCCAUCAAGGUCCAUUACCAAAUUCUGUUUUCAUAGAGGAGCACAUCAUGUCUCAGCCACCAGUUAUCCCUACUACUGCAACAAAGGAAGGCAAUGUUCACAGGAAAAGAGAGGUUCUAGCAUUGGCAAAGCUGAGAGCCGCAGCUGAGAAAAGAGAAGUUGCAGACCUAGCAAAGUUUGAAGCAGCAAUGGCAAAGUUGAAAGAAGAAGAGUACAAAAUUAAGCUUGCAGCUCAAAAGAGAAAGGAAGAGCUGGAAGCUAAGAAACAAGCAGCUGAGGAAAAGAAAAAAACUAUACUAGAGGAAAAGAGACUUGCUGCAGAAGAGAAGAGAAGAGCUACUGAGGAAAAAAAGAAAAAAGCUCAAGAGGAGAAACUUGAAAUGGCAGAGAAGAAAAGGCAAAUGAUGGAUGAGAGAAAAAGAAAUGCAGAGAUAGAAAAACAAAAGAAGGCCGAGGAGAAGAGAAGGAUUGCAGAGGAGAAGAAAAUGAUUGCAAAUACAAAAUACCAGCAGGAGGAGGCAGCUUUUCUGAUACAUCAAGCAGAGGAGUUUGAGAGGCAGGAGAGUUGGAGAAAAUUUAAGGAGGCUGAGGAGGCUGCAAGGCAAAAUGCUUGGGAGCAGCAGAACAAUCAACAAGACACAACAAGGAAUGAAGAAUGGGAGCUGAGAAAGAGGAUAGCUGAAGAAACAAACAAGAAAGCCAUGGAUGACCAAAUGGCAGAUCAAGUAAGGAAGCAAGCCGUGUUGGAGGAACAAAUGAAAGAAAGAGCUGCAGGAACUAGUUCAAGGAUCGAGGAGGCAAGAUUUAAUCCUUGUGUUGUUCAAGGAAACAAGACAAAGAAAAAAACUGCACCUACCAAUCAGAACAUGACAUGUUUUAAGAAACCUAGAAAGGUUAACAUGUUCGACGAAUUUAGGUAAAGGGAUGUGAAGUUUGGAAUGAUCUUCAUCUCUUUUUGUGUUUCUGCUUAUGAUCAGGUGCAAAACUUGUAAUGGCAAUGUUUUGUUUAUGAUCAUUGUGCUGAUCAUGAAGUGUAAGAGGUGUCUUCUGAUUAGGAAACUACUAUUGCAGACCAUGUGUUAUUUAUACUAUGGAACUUAA